AGUUGUGUCUAUAUAUGCGUGUGUGUCUAUGUAUAUAUAGAACUCAGAUAUACUUAAUCUACAUAUACUAUUUUCUCUCCGAAAACUCUCAAUAAUUCAUUCUUUUUUGGGGUUCUGAAAAACGCUUUCCUGCUUUGAAUCUGUGUAUAAUUCCCGGAAAACAUGAUGCUCCAGCAAGAGCUGUGAGUUGGAGGUUAAGGAAAGAAAGGGAUGGAGGGUGAGACAUUUAGGCUCGGCAAUGGCGGUCAGGUAGAUGGCAAAGUGGUGCAGACAUUUCAGAAGAGUUUUGUUCAGGUUCAGAAUAUAUUGGACCAGAACAGGCUACUGAUCAACGAGAUAAACCAGAACCAUGAAUCCAAGAUCCCUGACAACUUGGGAAGGAACGUCGGGUUGAUUAGGGAGCUCAACAACAACAUAAGGAGGGUGGUUGAUCUUUAUGCUGAUCUUUCCAGUUCCGUCUCUAAUUCCGCCGACCAUAUUGCCUCGUCUGAAGGUGACUCCAAUGGCGGGCAUAAAAGGAACAGGCCUGCAUGAUUCUGGGGUUUUAUUAGUCAUUCUUUUGCACGGUUGGCGAAUACGAUGAUACAACUUCCACAGCUGAUCUUGUUUGAGGUCCAAUUCGUAUAAAAAUGGUCAGAUUCUGUAGCUCUAAACUCUCUUUUAGAUUAUCAAAAACAUUUGCUAGAGAGGAAUAAUGGGGAUCUGAAGCUUCGUCUGAUAUUGCAUUGUAAGUUGUGUAAUGUAACCCUUGACCUAUUUGAUUAAAUGAAUGCAUGUUGUGGCCUUUUGCUGCACUUUUCUA